AUUUAGAAUCGCGUGCAAUUGGUUUUCUAUGAUGACAACUCUUCCCAAACAACAUCAGGAACCAUGUCCAGAUCCCGGGAAACUUGUUCACAUGAAGCCUUGCUAUUAGAACCGUCAGCUUAUGCUAAAGAAGUUGGAUAUAGCUGGCCUAGUUCGGAUCGGAGAUUAGCUGCAACGACAAAGUCAGGGCGAAAUCCGUUGAUAAGAAAAGGCCAGAAAGUUGAAGAUGUAGAAAAGCUGAGCGAGGCUAUUGCCAAUAACCUCUCUGGCACAUUUCCAGGCCCGUUGAUUCUACCAGGAGAUGAGCUGGCAUUGGAUCCGAAAGACCCGCCACAAUCAUUUCGAUCUUGGCUUAACGAAGGACUGCGCAAGAAUCGAAAGUUGAAUAGGAAGUGUAAGACAUUAUAUGUUGCAAUCGCACCUGAGAUCACAUCCAGUGUGAGUUUCAUGAAGGCAGGACUGCAGCCAUCAGUCAGGAAGGGUAGUAGGGUAACAGCCACUAAAUCGUUGGAUCCUCCAUCACCAGAGGAUAUCAUAAAAUAUACGGGCGCUUUUUAUCAUGGGCUACUUGUUGAAGCAUUUCCAGGUAGUUUUCAAUUCGUGCCGUGGGACGAGUCGAAGAAAUCACGCAAAUCCGAUAGUGAUACUGGUUAUGUUGGCCUCCUUGCGGGCAAAAACAGUACUCGCAUCCGCUACAGACCAUCCCCUGACGGCGUUUUCAAGUAUCAGCUAAACCUCAACGAUCUUAUCGACGCUGCUAUCGAAAUGCUGACAGGAGAUGCGUAUUCUCUCCUUUUACUUGUCAACCAUGAUAUGUACGAGGACGAGGAUGAUGUCUUUUGCUGCGGUCGGGCCUACGGAGCUGAUCGCGUUGCUGUAGUCUCUACCGCCAGGUACCAUCCUGCCCUAGACGAUCACGCCAAUAUUGAUUUCGCGCAUAUGUGGCCGACGUCUCAUUGUAAAUCCUACGUCGAUCAACUCUGCGGAGAAGAGGGUCUCAGACAGGACACAGAAAUGGCUACACGGGUAGCAAAUACAUCUGGACCACUCCGGGCAGCGGUAGAAGCAAUAAGGGGGUUUGAGAACUCGGCUUUGGAGGAUCCAAGAGGCUUAUGGUUUUCAAGGAUUACAAGGACGGUGGUCCACGAGCUCGGGCACUGUCUCGGUUUCGCACAUUGCGUCUACUAUGCCUGUGCAAUGCAGAGUUCGUCGUGCAUGGCGGAGGAUCUCCGACAACCUCCUUAUCUAUGUCCCGUGUGUCUGGGCAAGGUAUCCCAUGCGAUUGCUUGUGAACUAGAAGGACGAGACGAAGCCGGCAAAUACGAAUAUGUAAAGGACAGGUAUAGAUCAAUAGCUGAUUUUUGCGAUUCGUGGAAGCAUGUUGGCUUAUUCGCUGGGUAUGGGGCUUGGCUCCGUGCAAGGCUCGAACAGCUAGACAUAACAUAAUAGAUAGGUAGGCAGGUAGAUUAUGAAGUCAUGGCUAGGUAGUAGUUUGGCACCAUUCUGCGAGGUAAUGCGAUGAGAGCUUAUGCAUAA